AAACGGCAGUUUGAAAUCCGAACUCGCUCCGAUCGAAAGCUAGAAAUUCAUCUCGUGGAACUAAAAUUUUCUUUCUCGUUCAGUGCGAUAGAUGUGCGUAUGGUUGACUAGCAGAUAGAAGUGAAUAAUUUCUGCAAUCUGUGUUUUUCAGUGCGCCAGUGAUUUAUUAAAUAGAAGGAUCAUUCAAAAGUGCAAACAGCAAUUCUUCGCAGUGAAAUAGUGCUUCAGCGUUGUUCUUUGAUCCCGGAAGUGUGGAGUUGCAGAAAAAUUUCUAGUUUUUUCUUUUUUUUUCUACACGGUGGAGCAGAUCAAACCAGACCCGAACUAGCGGAGAAAAUUUUGCUAAAAAAUGGCUGUAAACGUGUAUUCGACCAACGUGACCACAGACAAUCUGUCAAGGCAUGAUAUGCUAUCGUGGGUAAACGAUUGCCUCCGGUCCCAGUUUACCAAGAUCGAGGAACUAUGUACAGGUGCUGCCUACUGUCAGUAUAUGGACAUGCUGUUUCCAGGUUCAGUUCCGAUGAAACGCGUCAAGUUUCGUACGAAUUUAGAACAUGAAUACAUUCAGAACUUCAAAAUCCUGCAGGCUGCAUUCAAAAAAAUGAAUGUUGAUAAGAUUAUCCCGAUCGAUAAACUAAUCAAAGGGCGUUUCCAAGACAAUUUUGAAUUUUUGCAAUGGUUCAAGAAAUUUUUCGACGCAAACUAUGACGGUAGAGAGUAUGAUGCUUCGUUAGCGAGGGAUAAUUUACCGAUGGGAAUGGGUACUGCUGGUGCCCCGAAAGGCAACGGCAUUGCAGCUGCGGCCUUACCUCGCAAGGCGCCUCUUGUCUCAUCCACAUCACGAGAUAAAAUUAAACCGAUGUCCAAAGUCACACCCAGUAGACCGGCAGCACCGAUGGGCAACUUGGAGCGCAGGCAGAUAGGCGGUGUCGGUGGUCCCGCGAACGCCAGUAAAUCCUCCUCACAGAACAGCGUAACUAAUCAACAGGUGGACGAGCUGACCAACCAAGUACAGGACAUGCGAUUACACCUAGAGGGGCUGGAAAAGGAACGUGAUUUCUAUUUCAGCAAACUUAGAGAUAUAGAGAUACUAUGCCAGGAAGACGAACAAAACGAAACGCAAAAUCAGCUGAUCCAAAGAAUUCUGAAUAUUCUGUAUGCGACGGAGGUAGGUGACGGAUUUGCACCUCCCGAUGAUAUGCCACCAGAAGAAGAGGAGUAUUAAGGAAUUUCUCGUCACUCUCCUCUGUUUACAAAAAACGGUGGAAAAUCGAAGUGCAUAAUCCAAGCAGUGUACUCUUAGAUGUCGGCAUCUAUUCAGAGCAACCAUGGAUAACAACGCCGUUCUACAGGCUCUGGUUGUGACCGGCUGCCAACAAAAUCAUUGUGUGCGUUCGAAUAAGACAGUAAAUAGGAGAAACCUGUAAUUUAAAGAUAUGAGAGAAACAAGAUUGUGGUAGUGAUGAGGUUUUUUUGUAUUUAAAAAUAAUUCAUUAUUAUUAAUAAUAACUAUUAUAAACGUGACUAACUAAAGCAGUUGUUUUGCGAGUAAAUAAAAACUGAAAAGCUAAAUGGAGCCAGAUAGGUUGCAUUGAUCAUCGGAGGAGUGAGGAACGAUUAGCACGUAUAUGUUUACGCAAAAUCGAACAAGAUUUCUCAGCAAUUUCUGUAUUUUCUUAGCAGGGCCAAUAUUUGUAAUGAUAAUAGUGUUUUCGAAUGGGUGCCGAAUUUACUAUCACGCAAUGUAUUGUUAUGCAUUUUUCUCGUGUAUUAUAUGUAGUGCUCUGGCGUAUUUUAAAAAGCUAUACUUCUGAGUUUAAGCCAGUAAAGAACCAACGAUGAACUGCGGUCCAUUCUCAGCCUUGUUAUAUUCGUACUGCAAUCGUUUACAACAACCGCUACGCAAGAUCAAAGAAACUAGUUGAUCAUCACCCUAAUACUACACACCCAACGCAAACAAACCUGAAAGUUAACGAAUCAUUAUCGUAAAUACAAUUAUUAUUGAUUGGAUUAUAAGGAGAAAGGAAAAGCCCGAAGUCACAGCUGUGCUAAAUUUAUUUGUAAAUCAAUUGUAUCAGAACAAAGUGUAAAAUAAACACAAGCAUUAGCUCAAAUAUUCUGUUACAAGGACAGUAUUGUUCUCGCAAGUGUAUUUAAAAUACGAAACAAACAACCGUUAAAAUAUAUAUAUAUAUAAUUACAAACGAAACGAAUGAAAGAAACGAUCAAAGUUGCUACUAUUUUUAUUUACUCUAUUACUAUCGUGGAAAAACCUUAAAAAAAUAUUCUGCUAUAUAAGUCACUUGCGCAAUGUUCAGAACUACUACAAAACAAAACAGCAUAUGACAUAGGCAAUUAAGAAAAUGGAAACAAAUAUAACUUUAACCAAAACUUGGUUCAGCUGCAAAUCUUUUCUGUAUGAAUCAAUUUUUAUGCUAUAAUUUAUAACUUUCUUCUUUUCAUUUAAUAGAAAAUACCAUAAUUGAAAGAUCAA